GCAGCUGCUUUGACAGUUGAGCAGCAGCUGUGCGCCCUGCCCCGUUUACUACUUCAGUAUCAACCCGCUGCUGGCGGUGUUUACACCAGUGAUUCAACAUGUGAGCAGCCGGGCUGGUGCGGUGAAGACGAUGGAGUCAUAACUGCACCGGUUUAUCUUAAAAUCUUUUUACACAAACUCACUGCUGAUAUGAAACGCACGGAUUAUGGAUCGGAUAUGCAUAUGCUGCACAGUCCUACUUUUUGUAUGUGUUUGUGUGAAUUCAUCGUUGCAUGAUGGCGACGACUCUUCUUGCGAUGGAGCGUUUGAUAUUUAUUUUGUUUUGGACAGGUCAGGCAGUGUGUCGGGACACUGGGAUGAGAUCUAUGGAUUUGUGGAGCAGCUCACCAACAGGUUUGUCAACCCCAGGAUGAGGGUUUCCUACAUAGUCUUUUCGUCUAAAGCUGUUGUAAUCCUGCCACUAACUGGAGACAGGUUGAAAAUAGAUGAAGGUUUGAAGAAGCUGAGCCAAAUUAAACCUGCUGGUGAAACUUUCAUGCACGAAGGCAUGAGAGCGGUGUCAGAGCAGAUGAAGGCACAGACUUCGCCAUCAUCCAGCAUCAUCAUCGUCCUGACUGAUGGCAAGCUGGAGAUCUACCCCUAUGAACUGAGUGUACAGGAGGCCGACAAAGCCAGAGGAUUCGGAGCCAGAGUAUACUGUGUCGGGGUGAUGGACUUUGACCACAAACAGCUGGCUGAGAUAGCAGAUGGCACGGAGCAAGUCUUCCCAGUCUUGUCUGGGUUUCAUGCCCUCAAAGACAUCGUCAACUCGAUCCUGAAGCAGUCUUGCACAGAUGUAUUUUCAAUAGAGCCAUCAAGUGUUUGUGUUAAUGAGUCUUUCAACGUGGUGCUGAGGGGCAGUGGCUUCAGCGGAUCCAAGAGAGCGGACAGCGUACUUUGUUUCCUCAGUGUCAAUCAAAACACAUACAACCAAAAACCAACAGUUGUUAGAGACGGCUACCUGCUGUGUCCAGCUCCUGUUUUGCAUGAGGUCGGACAAUCAAUUGAAGUGCUGGUUAGUCUGAACAAUGGGCAGUCGUACAUCUCCAGUCCCAUUACCAUCUACGCCACAACGUGUUCAGAUGGGACCUGGGUGCUCUGGUUGCUGUUGGCUCUGCUGCUGUUACUGGCUUUGGCUUUACUCUGGUGGUUCUGGCCUCUUUGCUGCACUGUGGUGAUUAGAGACCCACCGCCCUCCCGCCCCCCUCCUCCACCUCCUAUCAUUGAGCCAGAAGAGGAUCCCUUACCCAAACACAGGUGGCCUACAGUGGAUGCUUCAUACUAUGGAGGCAGAGGUCCUGGAGGAAUCAAACGCAUGGAGGUGCACUGGGGGCAGAAGGGGUCCACAGAGGAAGGGUCACGACUGGAAAAAGCCAAAAAUGCUGUGGUCACUAUGCCAGAGGAAGUGGAGGAGCCCAUCAUACCCCGACCCCCACCUAGACCUCCUCCAGUAUACCAGCCCUCAGCACAGUCCAAAUGGUACACUCCAAUCAAGGGACGUUUUGAUGCAUUGCUGGCAUUACUGAGGAGACAGUACGACAGAGUGGCAAUCAUGAGACCGACACCUCAGGACAAGGGCCGCUGUAUUAACUUCACUAGAGUUCAGAGUCACUGACUGUGAAACAUGAGACUGAACACGUUUCACUUGUUUUUGGCUGCAAAUGAUUGACACAGACCUGUAGAGAUGAAUGUUAGGAUUCAGCUGUGUAUUGUAAAUAAAUGUUUUUACUUACACUAUACGGGUGUUUUUACUGCAUUAUUACUAGUUUGAGCAAAGUCAGAACCAGAUUCUUCAGUUUAUUUGAAAGGGAACAUAUGUGUGUUUUUUUUUUUCACAAAGACCUUCUAUACUAGUACCCUGACCAGUGACACAAAUGCUACACAGAAAACGACUGAAAAAAACAUACAUGAGAAAACACUUUUAAAACAUAUAAAGUAUAAAAUGAGCUUUUUAAAAACAUAAAAAUGUAGCAUCACUUUCUAGCACAGGCAGAUUAUAAACGGAACACAUCACACAUAGUAUGUCAUUACAGCUGAGAUGAAAAAGAGGAUAAGGUUCCUGUUUGCAUUUAAGUUUCACAUACACACAUUAGUGUCGUUCAGACCCCCAAACACUUCUUUUUCAGAUAUGAACUGGUGUUGUAUUAACAAA